AUGCUCCGUCUCACUGAGUUGGGCCGCCGGGACGCCAAACUUAUGAUUGAAAUUGCGCGGGAUUCACGCUCUGUUGCACUUUCUACAACCCGUGGCAGUACCUCGAUGAGGGUAACCGCUGCUACAUUUACCGCUACCUGGCUUUCCCUGAUAUUUUUCAGCUCCCUCGAUGCAGGAAGCUUGAAAGCUUCACCUUGGAUCUGGAUAUACGUGGUAACAGAUUUAAAAAACAAUAUCCCUCUCCAAAAUCCCAUCUCCGCCCCGACCAAGCUAGUCCAGCACUGGUACACGAAAGCUAUUUCAGCGGAAGACAACCAGCUCACAACUUUCCCUAUUAACCCUAGCUUCGUGGCAACUAACCUUGGUGACCGCGCAGCGAAUUUACUUGGGAUGGAGCCUGCUCUCGUGACAGUGGAGGAUAGUGCGGCAGGUGCCGUGGUAGUUUGCUGGAGAUUUCCGUUGCAAUACUGGAGUUAUGGCGAAGGACGUAGUAGCUAUCAUCUCAGCCUUCUAUGA